AUGGAUAAGGGGGCUGUGAUCAUACGCACGCGCAAGUUCAUGCGCAACCCGCUCCUCCGUCGGCGGCAGUUUGUUGUGGAAAUCCUGCAUCCAGGGCGCGCCUGCGUCUCGAAGAACGAGACUGCGGAACGAAUAGCCCAGAUGUAUAACUGUGAUCCCCAAAACGUUGUGCUGUUCGGGUUUCGGUACGCUUUUGGAGGCGGUAGAACCACUGGAUUUGGGUUGAUAUACGACGACCUGGACUCGUUGCUCUCCAUUGAACCGCGAUAUCGUCUUGUGCGGAAAGGUCUAGCCAAGGCGCGUGAGGGAAGUCGCAAGCAACGCAAGGAGCGCAAGAACCGAGCGUUACGUGCUCGCGGCAAGGUAAGAGCGAAAAUUCUUUAUGGAUAA